CAAUUUCCCCACACCGAACAACCUUUUUUCAUAAAUACCACUUAUACCAGAGCGUUGCCAUACUUUAAUAUGUGCGUGCAAGAAACAAGCGUCUUCUCGUUGACUUAAUUCCACAAUUCAUACAUAAAAUUUCGCAUAUUAUCAUAAAGUAAACAAUGCCAAAAGUGCGUCGUAGUCGUAAACCCCCACCAGAUGGCUGGGAACUUAUUGAACCCACACUGGAAGAGCUGGAGCAGAAAAUGCGCGAGGCCGAAACGGAACCGCACGAGGGCAAACGCAUUACGGAAUCACUUUGGCCGAUCUUCAAGAUACAUCACCAGAAGACGCGUUAUAUCUACGAUCUGUACUAUCGCCGCAAGGCUAUCAGUCGUGAACUGUACGAUUACUGCCUAAAGGAGAAGAUCGCCGAUGCCAACUUGAUAGCCAAGUGGAAGAAGUCGGGCUACGAAAACCUCUGCUGCCUGCGGUGCAUUCAGACGCGUGAUACGAAUUUCGGCACGAACUGCAUUUGCCGCGUCCCCAAGUCAAAGCUGGAGGAGGGACGCAUAGUGGAAUGCGUCCACUGCGGAUGCCGCGGCUGUUCCGGCUGAGGCGCCCAUUUGAAAUUCUCGUAAAUAUAAAGACUGUAAAUACGAGUGUGGCUUAGAGCCUUUCCUAGCUUAUCUUCAAAAGUAGACAGAAGCAAAGAUAAAUAAGUUAUAAAGUAUAUAUGUAUCUGAAUGUAUAUAUGUUUUCCUCUUGUCUGGAAACCUUCUGAACAACGCUCGUACAGUUUAAAGUCUGAGUUGAUGUGUGUGUAUUGAGUAAAUUAGGAAUUGAGCUGCUUCCUAGACAGCAGGAACAGAAUUACAGUUGAUUACUUAAUGAAACUACAAUAAAUUGUAAAUACAAUAAUUGGGUAGUAUAAGAACACAAAACCGCUUGUAAAAAUAGAAUAUCGAUAUAAAUGUAACCUUUUUACUUAAAAUGAAAUAAAAUAUAAAUUCAUAUUAUCAA